UUCUUUUCUUCCCUCCUCACACUCUCCCUUCAAAUAAUAUCUGCCUCUCAACUCAUACUAUUUCUCUCCCACCCAUUCAUUCAUUCCUUCCUCCUUUCUCCGGCACCGUCUCCUCCAUUUCUCCGUCUCCGUCACCACCAUCAUACACCCGACUAAAGACUCUUUAAUGAUGGACAUUGUUUGAAUAUUAAAUAAAUAAAAAAUGAAAGGAUCACGAAAAAUCGUCAAGAGUUUAUCGAAAAUAAAAAGUACAAAGAAAGAUCCUGAGAAAAACAUAGAAAUGGAAGAAACUAUGGAAAGUAACACAAACAAUGACAAUAUUGAAAGCGACGAUCAAUCGUCUCCAAGAGGUGUAUUGGAAGUCUCUGAAUCCGGGUCAGAUUCGGAUAAUAGUAGUAUGUUAUUCUGUGAAAAAUCGUCACUAGUGGUGCAGGUUGAUGGAGAUGUCACGAAUAAUCAUGCAAUGGAGAUGGUACAAACGGGGUCAUGGGGUAGGAAUAUGAUUGAUAACUUGAAAAUUAAAUCGAGAUCAUUGAGGCGAUUUUCGACAGGAAGUUUUAUGAGAAUAUUGGGAAGAAAUAAUAGUUCACAACCAUCCAUUGAUGAUUAUUAUGUGCCAAAACCUUCAUGGAGGAAUUUCAGUUUUCAUGAACUUGUUGUGGCUACUAAUGGCUUUCACAUAGACAAUUUGCUCGGAAAAGGUGGGCAUGCCGAAGUGUACAGAGGAUGCUUACCGGAUGGUCAAAUUGUUGCAGUCAAGAAAAUAACCAAGAAGGAGAAAAAAGAUGAAGAUAGAGUUGGGGAUUUCUUGAGUGAGCUAGGAAUCAUUGCACAUAUUAACCAUCCAAAUGCUGCUAGGUUGAUCGGUUUUAGUUCCGAUACUGACUUGCACCUUGUUCUACAAUUCGCCCCUCAUGGCAGCCUUGCAACUUUACUACACAAUUCAGAAGAUAAUAUUGACUGGAACAUAAGAUUUAAGAUUGCCAUUGGAAUCGCGGAAGGUCUGCAAUAUCUACACUACGAAUGCAACAAACGCAUAAUUCACCGUGAUAUUACUGCCUCAAACAUAUUACUAACCGAAGACUAUGAACCUCAGAUAUCAGAUUUUGGUCUGGCAAAAUGGCUCCCUGACAAAUGGGCUCAACAAAUUGUAUCCCCUGUGGAAGGGACAUUUGGAUAUAUGGCUCCAGAGUACUUCAUGCAUGGAGUUAUUCAUGAAAAGACCGAUGUAUUCGCUUUUGGUGUUCUUUUGCUUGAACUUAUCACUGGUCGCCGUGCCGUUGACUCGCAUCAAAAAAGCCUUGUAAUUUGGGCAAAGCCUUUACUUGAGGAGGGUUAUGUGAAGGAACUUGUGGAUCCCCGAUUAGGAAACGACUAUCAACUUGUUGAAGUUAAACGCACAAUUGUAGUUGCUUCGUCAUGUAUUCAUCACAUGCCUGACAUGAGACCAAAUAUGAAACGAGUGGUUCAAAUGCUAAAAGGGGAAGGCACAACUGUAGAGUUGAGACAAAAUACGUUCGAUGGAAGAUCAAUUAUUGUAGAUGAGUGUGAUUUGGAGGGCUAUACAUCUACAACGUAUCUUAAGGAUCUCAAUCGUCAUAGGGAACUUGUUAUGGGAUGAAAGAUCGCAUUUUUAGACCUUUUGUACACACUACACCCGCGGUUUGGAUCAAAGAUGCUAUAGGUAUGCAUAUAUACCAGAAAGCAUGAUCGAAAACUGGUUUUCACCAAUGUUCUUGUGAAUUUUAGGAAAUUUCCUCAAUUUUCAGUUUUCUUUUCUCUUGGGUGAGCGUUGGUGCUUAUCAAUUUGGACAGAAAAGUAAAGCCAGAAGGGAUGUAAAUUGUAUAGUUAUAAUUAAUACUGUAUAAGUUUUUGUA